CACCUUUGGGACGCCGUGAUCCUGACGAACAUUAACUCCGUCUGUGGGUUUGGGUUCACAACGCGUCUGAGGCCAGUUUCGCCUCAGCCAUGAAGCUGUGCGUCAUCCUGCUGUCCGUGUGCUGGCUCUGCUGCAGGACGGAGGCCGAACACAGAUCGUUUCUGAUCACAGCUCCUCUGUCAUUGCGGCUGGAUGCCCAGGAGAGGGUGGUGGUGCAAGUGUUUGGGUUUUCAGAACCGGUCACGGUGUACGUGUUCCUGAAGACCUCCAUGGCACCAAAUCAUGCGGUUCUGGCCAGAGAAGCAGUGACCCUCAACAGCCAGAACAAAUAUCAGGCUGAUGCUAAAGUCCGGCUGCGGCAGCUGGACAAGAGUCUGACUCAAGUGGUUCUUCACGUCCAGUCACCAGAGAUCAAUCAGCACGUGUUUAUUCCUGUGAGCCGCACCAACGGCUUCCUGUUCAUCCAGACCGACAAACCGCUGUAUACCCCAGAUCAGAGUGUCAAAGUGAGGGCAUUUUCUCUGAACCAAGAGCUGAGGCCGGCAGAUCGCAGCGUCUUCCUGACCUUUAAGGAUCCGGAUGAGACAACUGUGGACAUGGUGGAGAUGAGUGAUGCCAAUAAUGGCAUUCCAUCUAUGCAAAACCCUUUUAAGAUCCCAGUCAAACCAAAAUUGGGGAUUUGGUCCAUUGAAGCCUCAUACUCAGACGAUUUUACCACUUCAGCGAAAACAGACUUUGAAGUUAAAGAAUAUGUUCUUCCAAGCUUCUCCAUCCUGGUGGAACCAUCAAAAAGCUACAUCAGCUAUGGGCAGUUCAACAGUUUCUCCUUCAAAGUCACAGCCAGGUACCUUUACGGUGCGCCGGUCGCCGGUGGUCAGCUGUACCUGCGUUACGGCUACGUCAGUGGAAAGAGUGCUCCAGUUAUUAUCCCCGACUCUAGGACCUCAAAGAUGCUGUCAGACACAGGUGAGGCAGAGCUGGUUCUGAACAUGGAGAAGGUUCUGUCCAAAAGCAACGGCCCAAAGGACCUCAACAGUCUGGUGGGAAAGUAUCUGUAUAUUGCGGUACUACUGGAGGAAACACAAGGUGGAGUCACUCAGGAGGCAGAGUUCGCUGCUGUCAAGUUUGUAAAGUCCCCGUACACUCUGAGUCUGGUGUCAACGCCUCCCUUUAUCAAACCUAAGCUUCCAUACAACAUCCAGGUGUUGGUAAAGGACCACUUGGACCAACCGGUGAACCAGGUCAGGGUUCGUUUAGUGAAGCAGGAGGUGUUUGGACAGGCGGGGAAUGGUGAGGACAUGGCCUGUAACCACGACGCUGUAAGCCAAAGUGGAAUUGCUGUUUUUAUCUGCAACGUACCAAGUGAGGCAGUCAAGGCCGUACUGCAGUUUGAGACUGCAGAGCCCUCCCUACUGGCAGCUAGUCAAGCCACUCUGUCUCUGAUGCCAGUGGCCUAUCACUCUCCAAAUCAGCGCUACCUUUACAUCGACCCGCCUCCACCUGGCCGCAGCCUGAAGGUGGGGGAAUAUUCCAACAUCAAGGUUUACUCUGCAACACCGUCCAACCUGAACAUCAAAGCCCUCAGCUACCUGGUGCUGUCUAAAGGGAACGUGGUGCAUUAUGACAGUCAGAAGUUCCUCUCCACUGUCGACAACAAACAGACUCUGAACUUUGAGGUGACACCCGACAUGGUCCCAUCCAUCAGGGUGCUGGUCUACUACAUCCUGUACGGCGAAGGGACAUCAGAACUGGUGGCCGACUCCGUCUGGCUUGAUGUUAGUGACAAAUGUGUCAAUGGACUGAAGAUGGAUCUAUCCUUAGAUCCCAGGGACCACAAGCCAAAGGAAAAGCUCAACCUGAACAUCCAAACUAACCAGGAGGGCCUCGUGGCUCUGUCUGCUGUGGACUCCGCUGUCCUAUUGCUGCGACCCAAAUACAGAGAUCCUCUUACCAGGGUCCUGCGUCACAUCGAGGUCAGCGACUUGGGCUGCGGCGGAGGUGGUGGAAAAGACAGCGCAGACGUCUUCCGCUUGGCCGGGCUCACCUUCCUCACCAACGCCAACUCCCAGCCGGCUAGCGGUGAGGCGUGCACUGCAGAGUACCGGGCCCCUGAGCGUGUGAAGCGAGUUCCUACUGACCAAGAGAAGAGAAAGAAAGUGGAAGGUUACUCUCUCAAUGUGCAAAAAUGCUGUAAGGGUGGGAUGAAGCACGUACCAAAGGUGAUGACCUGUGAAGAGUUUGCUCAGCAGAGAUUCAAGAAAAACCAAACCUGCAAACAAGUGUUCCAGGAGUGUUGUGAGUACAUCCAACAAUCCCUGGGAACGGACCAGACCCUCAUCCUGGCACGUGAAGCUCUGGGCGCAGACUUCGACCUGGCUCCAUCUCUGGUGCGGAGCUACUUUCCAGAGAGCUGGCUUUGGAAUGUGCAACCCAUCAGGCCAGGCCAGAUGACAGUGAUGGAAGAGCUUCCAGACUCCCUCACCACCUGGGAGAUCAGGGCCAUUGGCAUGUCCAAGAAUGGUAUCUGUGUUGCGGAGACGCAGAAGGUGUCAGUCAAUCUGCCGCUCAGCAUGAACAUUCCUCUGCCGUAUCAAGUGGUCAGAGGGGAACAGCUGGAGCUGAAGGGUUCUGUGUACAACCAACAGACAGACACCAUCCAGUACUGUGUGAUGCUGAUGGUCGGUCCAGAGCUCUGUCUGCUUCACUCCCGGCCCACACCGGAAAAAGAAGGUCUGCACUCCACGUCCUGCAAAUGGGAAGAUCUGUCUUCAGGGGGAAUAGGUGUUGUGACCUUCACUGUGUUGGCGCUGGAACUUGGAGAACACAAUCUGACCUUCAUUCUGAAGACCCGUGCAGGAAACAAAGACAUCCUUCAGAAGAAGCUCAGAGUGGUGCCUGAAGGAGUGAGAAAGGAGCAGUAUGCUGGGGGGACACUGGACCCACAGGCGGUCUACGGUACAGAGAGGAGGAAGGUAGAGCUGAUGGCCAGACUGCCAAACAACAUUGUUCCCAAAACAGACAUACAGCGAGUGCUGACCAUCAAUGGUGAAGUUCUCGGUGACAUCCUGUCAGUGAUACACAGCGCUGAAGGCCUUCGCCAGCUCACCAACCUGCCGACCGGCUCAGCAGAGGAGGAGCUGGGUGCUGUCCUGCUCCUCGUUCAGGUCUAUCAUUACCUGGAGGCAACGAGUGGCUGGGAAGUUCUGGGAGGUGACAUCCAGAGCAACUCUGCAGAUCUGACACGGAAGAUCAAACAGGGUCUGGUUGGUAUCAGCUCGUUCAGACAAGGUUCCAGCUACAGCAUGUGGAGCAACAGUGAAUCUAGCACCUGGCUGACCGCUUUGGUGGUGAAGACUCUGGCGCUGGUGGAUGGGGUGGUCUCUCUGAAGCAUCAGACCCUGGCAGACUCUGUGUUCUGGUUGAUCAAUAGCGCUCAGCAGGUGGACGGAUCCUUCAAAGAGAAAUCCCUCUACAGACCCAACAGGAUUAUGGCUGAAGGUGCAGAUCCAGUGGAACAGUCUGUUUACCUGACAUCCUUCGUGCUGAUCGCCUUAAACAAAGCAACAAGCCUCAAAGACCCAAUCCUGCAGCUCAGAUCUCAUUAUGACAGCAUGAAUUCAGCAGCAAACUACAUCUCCCAGCAUGCCCUGAAUGUGAGGAGCGUGUACGUGUGUGCGGUGGCGACCUACGCUCUGAACCUUCAUGAUAGCAGCAGCAUAGUGGCGUCACAGCUGCUCAGCAAACUGGAGAACCUGGCGCGACAGAAAGGUCACCCUGCGCAGCUCAGGUACUGGCAGGAGGCCGGUGCGGCGGUGGAGUGGCUGAACCCAGACCAGUCCAGCGGUGUGACGGUGGAGACGACCGCCUACGUUCUGCUGACGGUGCUGCUCAAGGGGGGGGUUCCCUACGCCAAGCCCAUUGUCUCCUGGCUGACCCAGGAUCAGCACUAUGGACAAGGUUUCUACUCCAGUCAGGACACAGUUCUGACCCUGGAGGCUCUGACCGAAUACAGCAAAUUGGGCUCUCGAUCUGCCCUCAGCCAGGACAUCAGCAUCCGCUACAAAAAGAGGGGUCUGAUUCAACAAGUGCAGCUGAGCCAGAAGCGGCCUGUGGUGUCGCCCAUUCAGGUGGAGAAGACUGAUGACAUCACCGUGUCCACAGGCUACGGUUCUGGCGUGUCCAGUGUGAAGUUGAGGACGGUUUACUAUGAGACCACCUCUUCUACACAGAAGUGUAACUUUGACCUGAAGAUAAAGUAUGAAAGUGGGUUCCCCUGCUAUGCCACGAUGCGCUCGCCUCGCCUGAUUGCAUGUGCAAAGUAUAAACCUCCUCCCAACGAGGCGGCCACCGACUCCCUGCUGACCGUGAUGAAGAUCCAGCUGCCGACCGGUGUGGAAGCAAUGGUGGAGGACCUGAAACAGUUCAGAGACAUAGAAGAGCGGAUAAUCUCCCACUUUGAGCUCCAGGGAAGCACUGUGGUCAUUCAGGCAGAAUCGGUUCCCUCUUCCGUCUUAAUGUGUAUUGGUUUUCGGGUCAGGACUGGGUUCAGUGUGAGCGGAACCACCGAGUCUGUGUUCAGCGUCUACGAGCCUCAGGACAAAGGUAGCAUGUGCACCAAAGUAUUCACCUUCCAGGUCGAGAAGCUCGAACGCCUCUGUAAGGGCGAGCAGUGUCAGUGCAUGACAGCGACAUGUGCUGCCUCCAGAGGGAACUUUGACCUGACUCUGACCGCCGCCAAGCGGACGGAGGAGACCUGCCGGCCUCAUGUCAAAUAUGCCUUUAGGGCGACGGUGGUGUCUUCAGCAGCCGACGGAGAGUUUAUGACCUACACAGCCACCGUGGAGGAACCGCUGAAGACGGGCAAAGGCUUUGAAGCAGUGACCCCUGGGACACAGGUGGACCUCGUGAAAAAAGCCACCUGCCGCAAUGUGACUGUCCAGAACAACCAGCAGUACCUGGUGCUGGGAACCAGCGGGGCAGAGAUCAAAGUCGGCCCUGACUUCAGGUAUCGCUUUCCGUUAGACGACGACGCCGUGGUGGAGCUGUGGCCCAAAGAAUGUAGCUCCCCUGAGUGUGAGGAGUACAUCAAACAGCUGAAUGACUAUGCUCUGGAGCUGUUCUUCAAUGGUUGCCCCACACCAUUGUAACACUAUAAUUCAAUGAAUAGCAGUAAAGUAGAAACUGCGUUGUCUUGUUAUAUAUGUAUAUAUAUAUAUAUAUAUAUAUAUAUAUAUAUAUAUAUAUAUAUAUAUAUAUAUAUAUAUACUGUAUUAAAGACAUACGAUCUCAAAAUACAAGUGUUUUUAGCUCAGUUAAACACAUUGUUCCUCCUUGCUUCACACAACCACACUUGUAACAUUAAUGUUCAGUUAAAGUCCUAACCUUAAGGUGAUGCUCCAAUAUUUCAAUUUCAAGUGUAGCCUUUGUAGCCUUUAGAAUGGCCACUCUCUUCUCUGUUUGAAGCCGUAUAAGGUCCAUCUCAAGGUCACUCGUUUUGAUUUGUUGUUGAAGAUGGAACUUAUACAGCUCCUUUGCUGACAACUAGGAAGGCAUUAAAAGGGGGGGGGUAUUUGAUGUUAUAAAAUUAUAUAUUACACAUCAUGAGAUGCAAAUAUACUGUAACAGACAGAUUCAGACAGAAUCUGUCAGCAGACAGAUUCUUACACUGUUUAGAUUUAGUGAUGAGGUAGAUGGACCGUUAUCUGCAUGGAAAUGACCAGGAAUGUUCUGUGAAAGGACAAUGACACUUUGUUACUCCCUAAUGUUUAAAGGGGUCAUGUGUUACUGUAUGUAUCAGACCUGGAUCUAGCAGCACUGUCAAAUUCUGUCACAGCAGAGGGGGUCUCUUCGUCUUCAUCCUACAGUGGAAAUAUGCAAGUAUAUUUUAUCUGGCAAUGAAACAACAUAAAAUGUAAAUGCAACAAAUCACUUACACAUGUCAUUGACUGUGUGCUUUCUAGAGAGUCCAAUAAUACAAUCCGUCCAUCAGUGACUGCAAGACAAUGCAACCCAUAAGAUCAAUGUGAAAUAAAGUCAGAGUACUACAACAUUGUAACUAAAAUAAGCCUGCAUACUACUGUUAAGCAGAUUCAAAUAUCCUAGUGACAGAGAUAGUAGUUCAUUUAAAGUCCUAAGAAAUAACAAGUACUACUGUGGUAAACUUACAUUUCACUAAGUUACUCAUGUCGUGGGAGGUGGUGUGUGGUAACUCUACCGUUGUGACUUUAUGUGAUCGUUUAUCAGACCACAAUAAACACGUUUACUUUAACAAUG